CCCCAAGAGGCCACCUCCGGACAAGCCGCUUGAUCCGUAGCUGGCGCUCGCGUAUCCCACCAGAGCCAGCACAAUCAGUGAGGAUAUCCGUGUCUUCAUGUCUUUCAGGAAUAUAAAUCUCGCGCUCCUGGUUACCAUGGAGAUGGUUCUACUGUUGAUAGCCCUGUUGCCAGGACUGGCAAUUGCCGGAGCUCCACAUUACCCGAUAUUUGGCCCCGGUGUUGGCGGAGUUGUUCCCCCUUACCAGCAUCUACAAGAAUAUAAUGACUUUGGAUCUAUGAAAGCAUUCGUUGGUAAGCGUUACAUGGAUAUUCCCAUGAAUUCGAUGCCAGGUCCUGUGUACCAGGGAAUAAACGCAUUGCCAUGGACACAGUUUAAGGGGCAAAUGCAAAACUUCCCCAUGUAUCACAACUUUAUUCCCAACCAACCGCCGAUGUUCCACGGAGGGGCAGGCUUCCCGCCAAAUGGCAACUUCGGCCACCAGUUUUGUGACACACGGGUACCCUGGCAGAUCGCCCAUCAGGCCUACUGGGGCACACCAAACACGGAGCAGUUUGGCGAAAACAUGGGUGCCAACCAGGUUGCUUUUCCACAAGGUUACUAUGAUGACCAGGGAGGAUGGAAGCCACUUCCGGUGGACAAUCCACUCGAACACAUUAUGUCACCCAAUAGCGGUGCCCAGGGUCAGGUGGCGGUGAAUGGUGCGCCUUACUAUGACAACAACAUAAAUUGGAUGCCGAACCGCGCCACGAGCGGGGUCUUCGGGCCGAACACAGGACCGGAAAUCCAGUUCGGUGAACAGAAGAAAGAUGAUGUGAAGCCUAACGACAACACGAACAACAAGGACAACAUAGUGUCGAUGGUUCAAGACGGGGUCCAGACACCACCAAACCGUCAGCUGAGAAGGAAACGGUCAGUAGCCGCCAGGGUGCGCUCCAUCCUUCUACGGGAUGCCUCUGGACAUUAAACAUGAAAUGUUUCAACAUUAUUCUGUGAACAGAUGGGAAAUCCAAAGAUCUAUGUGCCCUAUAUGUGUCGUCGUUUUUGGUUUUGUAAGAAUAUGUACAUGCAUAUGGGUCUUUGAUUGCUUUUCUCUGUUAUUCAGCGUGUGUGAUUGGGCUAUAAAAAACGACUUAUGUUCCAUUUCAUUCCACAACUCGAACUAGAUGCCCUAAACGUGGUUAUAUAGACGAAUGACUAUCCGAUCACAUGAGGAUUGCAAGUCGUACGCCUUUUGCUAAUUGCCUAGGGACCUGUUUCGAUAAAUAAAGAUAUGAGUCGUAAGCUGAAAUGAUCUUAGUG